AAAUUUUUUUUUCAGGCUUUAAAGCAACUCCCUAGAAAAAAGAUCCAGAUAGCUACAAAGUUUGGUGUUGAAAAGUUAGAUAUGAAUACUUUUGAUAUGAAGAUCAAUGGUACACCAAGCUAUGUACGCUCAUGUUGCGAAGCUAGUUUGAAACGUCUUGGAGUUGAAUACAUUGAUCUCUAUUAUCAGCAUAGAGUGGACACAACAGUCCCUAUAGAAGACACAAUGGGUGAACUUAAGAAAUUGGUGAAAGAGGGAAAAGUUAAAUACAUUGGAUUAUCUGAAGCUAGUUCGGAUACAAUAAAGAGGGCGCAUGCAGUUCAUCCAAUUACUGCUGUACAAAUGGAAUGGUCACUUUGGACUCGUGAUAUUGAAGAAGAGAUAAUUCCUCUUUGCAGAGAGCUUGGUAUUGGAAUUGUACCAUACAGUCCUCUUGGUCGUGGCUUUUUUGGUGGCAAAGGAGUUGUGGAAAACCUUCCAGCUGAUAGUGUUUUGCAUGCUCAUCCUCGCUACCAAGCACAGAACUUGGAGAAGAACAAGAAGAUAUAUGAGCGAAUAGAAAGCCUUGCUAAGAAGCACCAAUGCAGCCCUGUCCAAUUGGCAUUAGCGUGGAUUCUCCAACAAGGCAAUGAUGUUGCGCCUAUCCCUGGUUAG